AUGAUAGAUAAUACUGACAACGAGGAAAAUAUUAUAGAACAACCACCUAUAGAUAAUACUGACAACGACGUAGAACUACCACCUAGAGAUGAUAUUGACAAUGAUGAAAACGUGUUGCAGAAGUCAGACUUGUCGGGAAAACUUGUCGCGUGGUCGGUGGAGCUGUCAGAGUAUGGUUUGAAGUAUGUCAAGAGAGGAAAGGUUGGAGCGGAGUCUUUAACAGAUUUCGUGGUAGAAUUAACACCAGAAGCCGGCGAGAGAAUAAGCACGCAAUGGACGUUGUUCGUCGAUGGAUCGUCGAAUGAAAAUGGAAGCGGAGCAGGGGUUACAUUGCAAGGACCUGGGGAAUUAAUACUAGAGCAGUCUCCAAGAUUUCAGUUCAAAGCAAGCAAUAACCAGGCGGAGUACGAAGCACUAAUCGCAGGUUUAAAGUUAGCAAUCGUGGUUCAGAUCGACAGUUUGCUGGUUAGAACAGAUUCGUUGCUGGUGGCAAUUCAAGUGAACGAGGUAUUUCAGGUGAAAGAGCCUGCUCUGAUAAAAUAUCUGGAGCGUGUGCGACUCCUAAUGGGUCGGAGUAUGAUUCAGGAAACACUGGCCAAUCCAAGCAUAGAGGGGGAGCUGGUGGCCUGCGUUGAGUGCCAGAAAACAUGGAUGGACCCCAUCGUGGACAUCUUGAGGGGGGAGCCGAGUGAGGUAGUAAGGUACACGAAGAACAGAGGCGAGAGGCGGGACACUACACGCUGCACGGUUUUCCAAGAGGAUUUAGCUCGCACCUCUUGA